AUUGCCCCAAAUCACACAGCCAGUUGGGGCAGAGCUGGGGUUCAGACCCUGGCCUGCUGGCGCCCCCACGGCAGCGCCCUCGGUGCCCCCCCCACGCCCCGCCCCCUCCAGAACCUCCUUCUGCUGUGGACCUUCCUGAACUGUGGUUUAGGAGGCAGUGCUCAGGGUCCAGGUGAGUGGACCCCGUGGGGUUCCUGGAGUCGCUGUUCCAGCUCCUGUGGGCGGGGUCUCUCCGUGCGCAGCAGGCGCUGUGUCUGGUUCCCUGGGGAAGAGCCGUGCUGGGGAGACUCCCAUGAGUACCGUCUCUGCCGUUUGCCAGACUGUCCCCUAGGGGCCAUUCCCUUCCGAGACCUCCAGUGUGCCAUCUACAAUGGUCACCCUGUCCUUGGCAGCCAGAAGACUUACCAGUGGGUGCCCUUCUAUGGUGCGCCCAACCAGUGCGACCUCAACUGCCUGGCCGAGGGCCACGCCUUCUACCACAGCUUCGGCCGCGUCCUGGACGGCACGCCCUGCAGCCCGGGGACGCAGGGGCUCUGCGUGGCUGGCCGCUGCCUCAGCGCCGGCUGUGACGGUUUGCUGGGCUCGGACGCCCGCGAAGACCACUGCGGCCGCUGCGGCGGCGCCAACGAGUCGUGCCUUCUGGUGCAGCGCGUGUUCCGAGACUCCGGUGCCUUCGCAGGGUACUGGAACGUGACCCUGAUCCCCGAGGGUGCCAGACACAUCCGUGUAGCCCACCGGAGCCGCAACCACCUGGCGCUGAUGGGGGGCGACGGGCGCUACGUGCUCAACGGGAACUGGGCGGUCAGCCCACCCGGGACCUACGAGGCGGCGGGCACCCGUGUGGUCUACACCCGCGAGGCAGGGCCAGAGGAGAUGCUGAGCGCGGCUGGGCCCACCUCCCAAGACCUGCUCCUGCAGAUCCUCCUGCAGGAGCCCAACCCCGGCAUCGAGUUCGAGUUCUGGCUCCCUCGGGAGCGCUACAGCCCCUUCCAGGCCCAGGCGCAGGCCUUGGGCUGGUCUCUGCGGCAACAGCAGCCUGGGGCGGUGGACGGGCAGCCCUCGGAGCUCCCAGCAGCCCCAGCUACCUCUGUCCCACGGAUCCCAACCCCCGCCCCAGACCCCUGCGCACCCUGCCCUGACACCCGAGGUCGCGCCCACCGGCUGCUCCACUAUUGCGGGAGUGACUUCGUGUUCAGGGCCCGAGUGCUGAGCCGCCAGCAUCAGGCCCAGGAGACCCGCUACGAGGUUCAAGUGCAGCUCAUCUACAAGAACCGCUCGCCGCUGCGAGCCCUCGAGUACGUGUGGGCCCUGGGUCGCUGCCCCUGCCCCCGGCUGGACCUCCACCGCGAGUACCUGCUGGCUGCCCAGCGCCUCAUCAGCCCAGACGGCACUCAAGACCGACUGCUGCUGCCCCACACGGGCUAUGCCCGCACCUGGAGCCCCGCGGAGGACAGCCGUGUGCGCCUGGCCGCGCGCCACUGCCCCCGCUGAGCCCCUCGACAAGGCCGCUGCUGCGUGCGGCAAGACAGACACGCCGGACCAGGAAGCCAGAAGAUAUCUCACACCUCGAAACUGUGUGUCUGCUUUGAUUCCCUUUGCCUCACACUCACGUUCUUGGAGACACUGUCACAAACAAGCAAGGCCCAAAGGAAGACGUUGUAAUACAUGUUUCCUCUCCUGCCCUUGCUACCAGGAAGCUCGCUGCUGUUUAACGACCUGACGCCCUGUGCUUUCUCUUCUCGCGGACACACAUAGGCUGUGUAUAGUCAAAGACGCUCUAACAAACAGGCCCACACCCCAGAAGACAUGUCUGACGAAACUAUAAUGUCCCUGCUUCCCGAUUUCCUGGCUACCAGCAAGCCCAGAGAUAAUCUUGAGGGCCUUAGUAGUUCUGGCUGGGUUUCUUUCUCUCCUUCCCUCUUUCUCUCUUAAAGCUUUUAUUUUAUUUUUUAA